AUGCCAAAGAUCGAACCCUACUCUCUCCUUAUAUACAGCACACGUACUACUGACUGCCUCUACCAUAAGGAAUGGCAAGCACAGCAAGCUGAUACAGCAACUCGUGAGGAUAGAGAAAGACUUUUAUUCGGUCUUUUAUUUUCACUCAGGCGUACAGCCCUCAAAAUGUCACCACAAAGCAAGCCAGGCAUGUUCAGCAAUUUAACAACUAGCGGAUAUAAACUACAUUUCUAUCAAACAAGUACAGGCUACAUGUUCGUCUUGCUGACACCACCAAAUGUUAAGGGACUUCGUCAGAGGCUCAUUAACUUCUACUCUCAAGUUUUCCUUACAAAUGUUGUUAUGAAUCCACUUUAUGAGCUUGAUACACAAAUUAAGAUUCCGGCAUUCGAAACAGAAGUUGAGAAAUUCGAUUUUAUUGCUGCAUAA